AUGGCCAGAGCCACCCACACACCCCAGAGCCACCUAUUCCACCCCAGAGCCACCCAUUACACCCCAGAGCCACCUAUUCACCCCAGAGCCACCCAUUACACCUUACCCCAGAGCCACCCAUUCACCCCAGAGCCACCUGUCUCCACCCCAGAGUCACCCCAUUACACCCCAGAGCCACCCAUUACACUUACCCCAGAGCUACCCAUUACACCUUACCCCCAGAGCUACCCAUUACACCCCAGAGCCACCUAUUCCACCCCAGAGCCACCCAUUACACCCCAGAGCCACCCAUUACACCCCAGAGCCAACCACACCCCAGAGCCACAUUACACCCCAGAGCCACCUAUUCCACCCCAGAGCCACCCAUUACACCCCAGAGCCACCUAUUCCACCCCAGAGCCACCCAUUACCCCUUACCCCCAGAGCCACCCAUUCCACCCAGAGCCACCUAUUCCACCCCAGAGUCACCCAUUACACCCCAGAGCCACCCAUUACACCUACCCCCAGAGCACCCAUUACACCUACCCCCAGAGCUACCCACACCCCAGAGCCACCUAUUCACCCCAGAGCCACCCAUUACACCCCAGAGCCACCCAUUACACCCCAGAGCCACCAUUACACCCCAGAGCCACCCAUUACACCCAGCCACUAUUCCACCCCAGAGCCACCAUUACACCCCAGAGCCACCUAUUUCCACCCCAGAGCCACCCAUUACCCCUUACCCCCAGAGCCACCCAUUCCACCCAGAGCCACCUAUUCCACCCCAGAGUCACCCAUACACCCCAGAGCCAUCCAUUACACCUUACCCCAGAGCCACCCACACACCUUACCCCCAGAGCUACCCAUUACACCCCAGAGCCAUAUUCCACCCCAGAGCCACCUAUUCCACCCCAGAGCCACCCAUUACACCCCAGAGUCACCCAACACACCCCAGAGCCACCCAUUACACCUAUCCCCAGAGCCACCCAUUACACCCCAGAGCCACCUAUUCCACCCCAGAGCCACCCAUUACACCCCAGAGCCACCCAUUACACCCCAGAGCCACCCAUUACACCAGAGCCACCCAUUACACCUUACCCCAGAGCCACCUACACCUUACCCCCAGAGCCACCCAUUACACUCCUUACCCCAGAGCCACCCACACCUUACCCCCAGAGCCACCCAUUACACCUUACCCCAGAGCCACCCAUUACACCCACCCCAGAGCCACCCAUUACACCCCAGAGCCACCCAUUCUCACAAGAUCUUAGGUUAAAUUGA